AUGGAAGCAAGGAAUCGUAAGCAGCGUCGCACAGCUGCCUCAUCGUCUAAGAAAGACCAGCCUGAGAUUACCUACGCGCAACCCUCACGAAACGAUCCAACCAAAAACAAAGCGACCGUCGAGAAAACCCUAUAUGACAUCAUUGCAGAGCGACAGAAUGGCCUCAAUUCAUCGGCCCCCUCAUCAAAAAUACCAGAAGGAGCCAAAAUCAUCCCGGAGUCCGUCGGAACGCGCUUCGUGACAGUCGAUGAAGCGGGAAACCUUGUCGACACAGACGGCGACAUCAGCAACCAUCUAUCUGCCAAUGGACCCCCAAAGAAAGGCCGCAAAGCCGCAGCUGGCACUGAGAAGAUCACCGAGGAAGACGAAUCCGAAGUUGUAAUCGACAAGCCGCUCCCUCCAUUCCUCGACACAAUCCUUCUCUCUCUCCCGCUCACAACACUCCACCUCACGCUCGGCUACCUCGCAGCCCACCAAUACGCUGAAAGCAUCGACCUACCCAAACUCUUCAAAGAUUCUGUCACAACUGCUUUUCCUCUCCUCACUUUGUUCGUUCACCUCGCGCAUGGCCACAUCAUUUCUUUCAAAUCAAAGUCAAGCUCCAAGACACAGUCCGAGCCAACUCUGUUUCCAUUGACAAGUGACAAACUUAAGUUUUCAUUCUUCUGGAAAUUGUUGUUCCCGCCUGCGCUAAGGACUUUUGUUUUCCUUCCCGUGGCUCUUUUGCUAGGCGCACAUCUCAUUGCGAUCACAAAUGGGGAACCAUAUUAUGCUGUUAUGAAGAAAGCACCUGCUGUUGGCACUAUUUGGAUCUGGUCAAUUCUGGAGUUGUCAUUUGGAGCUGCUUUUCUUGGUGCAUUAGGGCCGUUGGUUUGGGGAGUCUGGUGGAUGGGGUAUGGCAUUUUCUAA